CCGUGGCGUUGCUCUGCCUUGUGGCUGCCUGCGGAGUUGGCGUAGUGGCCGCAGUUGGCGUAGCGCUAGCAGAGGCGGCUGUGGCGGGGAGCAGCGGUGGCUGUGGCGGCUGUGUGAGGAGAGGGCAGGAAGGUGCGAGCAGGGACCGGACCGGGCUGGAACCGGGCCGCAGGCUGACCCAAAGACCUGUAUCAAGGAAUUGCACAAGAGGAGGAGAUAGAAACUGGAAGCUCUCUGAAUGUGCUGCCUGCAGACUUACAGCUUCUUCGGAGACUCAAGAUGACCGCCCAGGAGAGAUGCUUUCUGGAGGGGUUGUGCUGAAGACGGAGCACUGCAACCUCUAACUGGGACAGCUCCUGCUGGUCUGGAGCUGAGACCGACUUCCCUCCCUCCCUUUUCCCUUGGAGAUGUUGCAGAGAUUUAACCUGACCUCUUCCUCCUCACCUGAAGCCUGCCGUGGCGAUGAUCCCGCAGCCAGAUCCGACCACCAAAGAGAAGAGAAUUGUGCGUUUGAAGCUGGGCCGUCGUUGUAACUGAACUGGAAUUUACUCCCUGCUUGCGCUCCUGGGACGAGUGCCGUUCCUCUGCUUGUCUGUGUGUGUUUUGAGCUGCUCCUCCCUGAUCUUGUUUGGAAUUCCUGGGCUUUCCACGCUGAAUUUGCCCAUGGCUUUCCUGAUGAAGAAGAAGAAAUUCAAGUUUCAGACAAGUUUCACUCUGGAAGAGCUGACUGCUGUCCCCUUUGUGAAUGGGGUUCUGUUCUGCAAAAUCAGGCUGCUGGAUGGAGGAGACUUUGCUAGCUUAUCUACCAGAGAGGAAGUUCAGGAAAACUGUGUCCGCUGGAAAAAGAAAUUCACCUUUGUGUGUAAAAUGAGUGCCAACCCAGCCACAGGCCUCCUGGACCCCUGCGUCUGCCGAGUAUCUGUCCGUAAGGAGCUGAAGGGCGGAAAAACCUACUCAAAGCUGGGCUUUGCUGACCUAAAUCUGGCAGAAUUUGCGGGCUCUGGAUCCACUGUCCGUUGCUGCUUGCUGGAAGGCUAUGAUACUAAGAACACCCGACAGGACAACUCCAUCCUAAAGGUCACCAUCGGAAUGUCCCUGCUCUCGGGGGACCCCUGCUUCAAAACGCCUCCUUCCACCGCCAAAUCCAUCACCAUACCGGGACAGGACUCUACCCUGCAGCUGACCUGUAAGGGUGAGGGAACCACCAGCAGCAGCAGCAGCAGUUCAGCCACGAUUGGCUCUCUGCGUCAGACCAAGCCAAGAACUGCCAUUCUCAGCUCGGGUGUCCCAGAAGAACCGGAUCAGAACCUGUCCAGCCCAGAGGAAGUUUUCCACUCGGGUCACUCGCGGAACUCCAGCUAUGCCAGCCAGCAGUCCAAGAUCUCCGGUUACAGCACGGAGCACUCCCGUUCUUCUAGUAUGUCCGACCUGACCCAUCGCAGGAAUACCUCCACCAGCAGCAGUGCAUCUGGAGGGCUCAGUAUGACAGUGGAGUGUCCUGAGGGAGAGCGGGACCACAAACCAGAGAAGCCACCUCGCCCCCCAAGACCAGCCCUUCUGAUGGAUAGACCCUCCCGGAGGAAAAAGGAUUCAGUGGAGAGUCACCCAACCCGAGUGGAUGACACCAGGAUCGAUGCUGAUGAUAUAGUGGAGAAAAUAAUGCAGAGUCAGGACUUCACAGAUGUCAGCAAUACUGAAGACAGUAACCUGAGGUUGUUUGUGAGCAGAGAUGGAACAACUACGCUGAGUGGUAUUCAGCUGGGAAACAGGGUCUCAUCUGGAGUUUACGAGCCAGUGGUGAUUGAAACCCACUAAAUGUGAAGAACAGGGUAGAGCUGCUGGAAACAGGCCCCCUACCCAGUCCGCUGCCACAUGGAUGCCAACCUUUACCUCUCUUCAUGCAGCAUUCCAGAAGGGAUUUCUCCAUGCCCCUCCCCAGACGUUUGCACUGCAGAACUACUCCGAGACCACUCCAGAUCAUGCACUUUCCCUGCGUUGGCAUUACCCUUCCCCCUUCUUCCAGUGCCUGCCUUCCCCCUGUUCCUCAUCAGAUGCAAAGGUGUCUCUUGGGCUUAUCCUGAGUCCUAAGGGAUGUUGCUCAUCCUCACCCCUCACUCCACCCGUUCACUUGCAGCAGGGGACUUCUCAGCUUCUGUCUCCCCAAAACGUUGGGUAAUACCACUGUGAACUCUUCAAACCACUGGGGGAGGGGGAAACCAUUCUAACCAAACCCAGAGCUGCUUGUUGGUGACACGGUGAAAUGGCCACUUGCAGGAUGCUUUAUUCCAUUGACUCUGCAAGGGAACAUCACCUUUCAAGGCAACGGUUUGACUCAACAAGGUAUGCUGUGGUGUGCACUUCACCUUCCUACCCUCAAAUCCCCAAACGUCCUCUUCUCAUAGGAAAUAUCUCCCAAAAGUGCAUUUCAGAAAACUACCACAAUCCAGAUGGGAGUUGAUAAAUGGUUAAAUGCUAGUGCUUGUUAUACCACUAACUGCAUUACACCCUUCCACUGCUGGGCAUGGAAGGGCAGUGUUCAUCGAUUAGCAUUAGCAGGAGCACUUUAGAGGUUCCAGAUUUUACCUGGAGGAGGCUUCUACUUGCUGUUCCAGGAGCGUAAUCCCUGUUUGCUGGACUGAUUCAGCAAAUAGUCACUGUUGGAGCUUGGAAUACAAAGCCUCUUUUUUUUUUUUCUUUUUUUUGGUUUUGUUUUUUUUUUGGCUCAGGAAGGGCACUGCCCUUCUUGGACUGUGAAAAGAAUCUGGUUAUCUGGUAGCCCUCCCCUGGGCCAGAGCAGGAUGCAGUUGACUGCAGUGGUCUCUCCGAUGUGGUGGUGAUUAACAGUUGCCUUUCUUGGCCUGGGCCAGUAAGGGAAUUGGUGUUGGUUGGCCUUUCUUGCUUUGUCAGUCACGAGGGAUCUAUGCCUGAGCUGGUCCCUUUUGGGGCUGGGGAGAAGCCACCAUCUCUGCCUUCAAAGGCAGAAUGGGCGUCUUCUGCUGCAUUAGCCACAGCAGCUCCAUGGCGAGCGAACUCUUCUGACAAGGCUUCAAACUGUUUUCUGGUUGAUCUUUCAACUGCUCUUCUUUGGGUUUGGUUUCUGCAGUUGUUGGGACACUUCAGCUGCCUCUUUUUUUCCUUGCCGCGCGUGGCAGAGAUGUUGGUCCCUUUCAGCUCCCCCUUACAGGUUCUUCUGGCAGCUGAAGUGCCAAGGAGGAUCUAGGCAGAGUCCAGCCGUGGGCCGUCCGCAGGCUGUGCGUGCAGCCCUUCCUGGACAGAGACUCUCAGCCGAUAAGCUAUUUGUGUGUAGUGCCCUUUCCUCUUUUCCUGGUGGGCUGUAGCAGCGCUCAGCGGCCGUGCCAUCGGAGCAAUGGCACGCUCCCCGGCACGGCUGGGAACGUGCCCUCUUCUGACACACGUGUGUGCACACACACACAUACACGCAGGCACACACUUGUCCCUUUCAGCAAGGAAAGACUUGUAACCGAUCACGUUGUUGUUCAAGUUCUUAGUUCUUGUAUUUUUUAAAGGAGACAAAAAAAAAAAAAA